CAACGGUUGCCAUGGUUUUGGUAUUAUUUUAUUCUGCCUUUAAAUAAUAUACACAUAACAUGGUUGUAAAAAUAUCCAGUACAUAUAGAAAACAGAUUCAACGCUGUACUUACACCAACUAAACAAACAAAAGAACUGGUGUCUUUUCAUUUGAAAUAAAAACAUAUAUAUAACAAGGAACAAUAAUAUCGUUCUUUUUUCAGAAGCUGACUUGGUCUAGAACUGCAAAGAGAAUGAGCAUUUUCCUUUCAAAUUGGUUACCAACGGUUACAGGUGCCAUGUUAGGAAGAGUCAACAGCACACAGCCUUUGUGGGCAGGUGUGUUACCUGUGGCUCCCUCAGGAAGUAGCCUACACGUCCUAGAGCUCUGCUGCCACAGCUGCCUCCUGACACAGACACAAUGAAUCAGACGACGGUAUAGAUCAUGAAAUAGUUUUUUUUUUUUUCGUCAUUGUGUAAUUCAGCUACAACCCGCUUUUGUUUAGGAGCUCGAGUCCGCACUCAGUCCAGUACUUGUUUAGGUGGCAGACGGAGGCAAAUGCUUCCUGAUAAUAAAGAGGUGCGUCUUAUUUCCAUUCCAGUGAUUGACUGCGCACGGCUUUCACCGCCGGAGCUGGGGGCAUUGACGCAUUGUGGAGUCGACAGGGGGUAGUAGCACUGCAACCCCGGCUUCGCUACACAACGGAGGCAUCUAUCGGCGAAACCGCGAUGGCCGUGGUGCAGCUCGACACGGAGGACCAUCAACCGGAGAACGGCUUCGUGUCCCCCGAAACCACGUCGCCGGGGCUGCUGACACGCAUCGACGGUGCUGUUCUGCCGUUUCUCGGGGGAUUUGGGAAGUACCAGAAACAGCUGAUCGUGCUGACAUGGAUUCCGGCGCUAUUUAUUGGAUUCAGCCAGUUCUCUGAUAAUUUCCUCCUUGCCCAGCCGAACAACACAUGUGUCCAGCCUUUGGCAAACCUGACUAAUCAGACUACAAGUCAUUCCUCGUUGUUAGACAGGCCAAAAAACAUCAGCGCGCGGCCAGCUUAUAUUUAUGCCAAUGGAAGUUACGGCAACCACAAUGACACGACCAGCAUGCAGUGUAGGUGCAGUGAGUGGACAUUCGAGCUGCACACAGGACUUGUGCAGAACGUGGUUACCAAGUGGAGUCUGGUGUGUGACUCAGCAUGGAAAGUCCAUAUUGCAAAGUUCUCUCUGUUGGUGGGAUCCAUCUUUGGAUACCUGGUGUUCGGAAUCCUUGCUGACUGGUUUGGCCGCCACCCAGUGCUAAUCAUAUCGGUGCUGUUCAUGCUGGUGUUUGGUUUGACUGUGGCCUUCUCUGUCAACGUCCCCAUGUUCAGCACCCUGCGCUUCUUUGAGGGCUUCUGCCUGGCAGGAAUCACCCUUUCUCUCUACGUCCUCAGGAUUGAGCUGUGCCUGCCAGGAUGGCGUUUUUCCAUGACCAUGGUGGCCAAUUUUGUGGUGUUGGGUGGUCAGCUGCUGAUGCCUGGGGUGGCCUACCUCUGUCGCGACUGGCAGGUACUUCAAGCUGUUAUCAUCUGCCCCCUGCUGCUGAUGCUGUCCUACAUCUGGAUCUUCCCUGAGUCACUGCGUUGGUUGCUGGCCACUCAGCAGUACUGCCGCUCCAAAUGGAUCAUGGGACACAUAGCACAGAAAAACCGAGUGAACAUGGAGCUUGACACGGAUAAUAUCCUCACAGAACUGCAGAGAGCUCUCCAGAAGAAACCCAAAAAGACAUGCAUUGUGAAAAUGGUCGGGACGAGAAACCUGUGGAAGAACAUUGUAGUGCUCUGCGUCAACUCGCUAACAGGCUAUGGGAUCCACCACUGUUUUGCUCGCAGCAUGAUGGACCCUGAAGCCCUGGAAACCACCAUGUUCCAUGACUUCUAUGCAGACUAUUACACCAUGGCAGGUAUUGCGGUGGCGUCCUGCAUGGCGCUGUGCCCGGCAGUGGGUCUGAUGGGGCGGCGGGGUGGCCUUCUAAUGUUCAUGAUCAUCACUGCCCUAGCGUCACUGCUGCAGCUGGGUCUGCUCAACCUGCUGGGGAAGUACAGUGUCCAUCUGAAUAUAGAUAGCUCAGGUUCGCUGAAUAAGAACUUCUCUAUAGCCUUCUCCAUCAUCGGCAUGUUCUCCUCCCACGCUGUCAGCAACCUGAGCAUCUUCUUCUGUGCUGAGAUCACACCCACAGUGAUCAGGGGUGGCGGUCUGGGCCUGGUCCUCGCCAGCGCUGGCUUUGGCAUGCUGACUGCACCCAUCAUGGAGCUCCACAAUCAGAAGGGCUAUUUCCUUCACCACAUUAUCUUUGCCUGCUGCACUCUCAUCUGCAUCAUCUGCAUUCUCCUGCUGCCAGAGACCCGCUACCAGCCCCUCCCUGAGACUCUGGCCGAUGGCGAGAGCUACACUCGUCAACCUCUCCUUCCCCCGAGGAAACCUGGAGAACAGCGCCUCUUGCUGGCCCAAUCCGAGAGCAGCAGGGACUACACCAGGGUGCAUGACACGCCACUCCACGAGGCAGCUGCCACUGCAGUGUCCACCAUGGACUCCACCGCCUCCUCUGCUGUUGAUUUGACCGCUCCGUCGGUCGGAGAUAUGUCCGCGCCCACAUUCAUGGAGGUGCACCCUGGCAAGCCUGAGACUAAAGACCCCAACGGUCAGUCAGUAUCAUCUUUAUCCAUGACCCCCAUCACAGCGCUGGCUAAAGACGGCAUCAUACAUGCCAGCAAAGAGCACCUGCUGUCUUCCACUCCUUUACACAAAGCCCCCUGCAUCACAGACCCACUGUUAGCCGAUGCUGAUGAACCUCCAGCUACGGUCCAGGAUUCUGUUGAGGCCUUGACGGAUUCUACUCUUCCUGAGAUGAACGACACUGGUCCUUCUCCUACAAAAGAGUCAGCUGCUACCCCAGCCCCUUCACUUGACUCUUCCCCUCCCCCCGUCCCUCAAAGUACGCCUGCCUCCUUACUGAUCUGCACCACACCCAUCAUCGAGCCCCCACCGAGCUCCAUGUUAGAAUCCCCACACCCCCUAAGUAACGACAUCGACAAUAUCAACCUGAAAAUUGACCCAGCUUUGCCAGAGGACACUCAGGCCACUUUAGCUCCCACUACUGCUCCGUAUGACUCCCCUGCUCCACCUAUGCAUGACAGCCUCCCUCCAUCCCCUGCUCCCUCUCCUGUUCCUAUGACAGACUGCAACAUUUCCACUGACCCUCCACCCUCCAUUAGCACACACUCUGACAUUCCUAUCCAGUUAGAAAUAGUAGAUGAGUCUACAUCAACUAGAGACUCCCCCGUACCUCCUAUUAUAGACUCCCAACCACCACAGUUAGACUCUACCUCUCCCUGUUUUAAUGAUAUAUCUCCUCCCUCCCCUACUCCUCCUAGCCUAGUCACUGUUUCACCUUCACCCACUCCACCUCCACCCAUUGACUCAGGCCAUUCGCCCUCACAGGACUCUUCCACUCCCCCUGUCAUAGAUACUGUCAGCAGCACCGCAACGCCUCGUACCAUUCUCCCCGUCACAGACAUUGUGCACACCUCCACUCCAGAAUCAACCACUCUGACUGUCACGGACGCUGAACCAGAUUCAGCUGCUUCCCUCGUCUUAGAUUCAGUACCAACUUCCAUCACGGAUUCAGGCUCUACAGAAGCAACCCCUUCCUCUCUAAUGGACUGCACCGUCUCCUCCCCCAUAGACUCUGGUGUCCUCCCCAUCAGGGACAGUGCCAGCACAGAAAACAACACUGUCAACGGUGUGGCGUUGUCGUGAUCCAGUGUUGCAGCCAGGAAAAGAAGCUUUAUGGUUGCACCAGGAGGCAGCCCACGUCCAAUAAAUAUCUCAAGUGGGGGUGGGUGGGGGUGUGUGGGGGUGCAAGAACUGUCCUGCUCAGACUUCAGGCACUUCAUGGAGACGGUCCCCACCUGGAGUUGAGUAGACAUUUCUUACAGAGUUGUUGUACGUUUCUCAAUACCCCCCUUCCCCUCUCUCCUUCCUCCAACCCUCCCUUCCUGCAUUUAGCCAAUAAAUGAGACCACGCAAGCGAGAGAGUGCCAGAGGCUGGUUUGUGACAAUGUGACAGUAUCUUCUGCUCUUUUUGAAUGUCACUGGAAAUCACCAGCCUAUAAACUACUUUGAUGUAAAUGAAUGGGAAAUCACUGUUUGUCAUUUUAAAGAGACUUACAACUAUACCCACAAUCACUGAGGUGUGUCAUCAGGACUGGUGAGAAACACAAUGAUGCUAAAAACAAACAAACAGAAAAAAAAAUCUAAUCACUGGUACUUUUGCUCAAAAUAAAAUGUCCGUCUAACAUAUUUGUAAAAAAAAAAAAAAAAAAAAAAAAAAAUAUCGCCUUAACUAUGUGGACAAGGAAAUCUGAAUGUUACAAAGUACUUUUUUGCUGUUAUAGAAGUAAACAAUCCAAAUUGGAGUGAUUUUUCUAAAUACAAUGCCAAAAACUACUCUGACCAAAAUUAAAUGUAGACAUAGUGCCAAACAUUAGUAUUAACGCAGUAUUUUGAGAAAUACUGUUUAGUGCAGUCCCCUGCCAUAGACUGUAUGUGGAUUAAAGUGAAUCAAGAGAACCCGAUUUCAAACUUCAGAGAUUAUUUCUCAAAUUAAUAAAUGACUGAAAGCUGUAUCAUCAUUUGACGAAUUCGAAUUGAGAGACGAGAUUGAGCUAAAACUGCUUUCGUCAACACGUGGUUCAUUGUAUGAACAGUGAUAUUAGUGAAAAGAAUGACCCAUAUUUUGUCGGUCUUGAAGAAACUUUUAUUUUUCCAAUCGUUUCAGUCAAUGAACUUUAUGGUAUGCAAAUGCUUUUAUUUGUAAAUGUGAUAUUGUAAGUAAAUGCAAAAUUAGUUGUUGAGCUUGAUUCAGUUUUGUUUUUUUGUUUUUUUUAAUUCGAAGUAUUAUUUUGAACAAUCUCCCAUGGCGUGCCCUUAUUGUACAGAGCUAUACUUCAUUCUAACAGUAUUUGUGGCACCUCAGUGUGGUGGCACCUUAUUAUUUGCAGUGGGGACAAAGCAUGAAAAUAAUUGUGAACGUGUCAGCAAAACAAACUAGCAAACCUUAAAAACAACAAAAAACAAAAAAACAAACAAAAGAACACACACACACACACACAUACACAUACACAAACACACACACACGAUGAAACCCAUGGAUGACAAAAUGUUUGAUGUGAUUGCCAACUGUCACACCAUUGCUAACUUUCUCAGUGUUUCCCAAAUCAUGUUCUGGCAUUAACGUAGUUUAUGUAUGUCAGUGUGUUCAUACAUUCACAUGCAAAACUAAGUUUACCUUAAAAAAAAAAAUGCAAUAUUUCAUAUAUUUGUCAAAAUGACAUUUUAGAAUACAGGUCAAAUCUUUAUUUAUAGAUAAACCUAUUCAUAAUCUUAAAUUGACAGACUCUUGCUUAAGGAGGCACUUUUUCAUCCAAAGUCCAUGUCCAUCUAUGGACAGAAUUAUACUUGACUUAACUAUGUGUGUAACUUUGACAGUUGCAGUUACAUACUUCAUACAUUGGAGGUUGUAAUAUUUGUCAAAGAAAGAUAUGUGAUUACAGAUAGACCACUGUUUACAACAAUCCUCAUAAUAAUAAUAAUAAUAAUAAGUAAUAAUAAUAAUAAUAAUAAUAACAAUAACAACGUACUGUAAAACUUUCGAGCCAACUGAAUGAUGUCUCGUCAUUUCAAAUGUGAUAAAACUCUCUCACAGUAUAUCAUGACAUUUAUCCAGGGAGUAUUGAUGAUCUAUUAAGGUGUCAUUCAGGAGUCGAAGACAACACUUAACAGACGUAACAGAAGGUCUUCUGUUACUCUCACCAUCUUGUGGUACACUUACGAAGAACCUUACAGGUACUUUACUCACCAAAAUUGUCGUUUUGCUUUUAUCCAAGUCAGACGUGCACUGAUGAAGGCCGCAUAUCGUUUGGUAUCUGAAUGGGUGGGCAAACCUGCCUGGUGGUUUUUGUUUUGUUUUGUUUUUUUUCUCAAAUGAAGCUUGAAUCAAAAAAUGAAAGCUCUAUUUUUGGUCGAUUCAUGGAUGAUCUUUUAAAAGAUCAUGGAGUCAACAAACUUCCAUUUAUUGAUAGAUUCAUGAGAACAUUAAAUGUCUGACAUAUACGUAUGCCAUGCUGCUAAGCCUCAAAGCACAAUGCCCUGCAAUCAUGUGAUGUCAGAUAUGGUGGAGCAUGGCAUCUUGACAGUCAAAAAAAAAAAAAAAAAGAAAAGAAAAAAAAAGGGAAAAUGAAGUGGGUUUUUGAAUACAAUAAAGAAAUGACUAUAUUAACUUUUUGCAAUAGACCCACAUGUAAUCUACUUUGUGGAACAGGAUGUUGAACCUGGAUAUAAUAAGGAAUUCUUGGCAUCUGCAGUAGAGAGUGGGUUGACUGCGGUGGUCAGUAGCUUCACAUUACUCCGAGUUCUCGUUGUCUGUGAGUGUUGGUCUCUCUGUCUCAGUGUGCGUAUUGCAGAUAUAGAACUGUGUGUAUCGCCAAAACCCCAUGCAACACCAGUGUAAAGACAAUGACACAGCACAAUACAACCAGAGGCUUCUCUGAGAUCUGUUGCUUUUGCUUUCACAACUCCUAUUCCACACUGCCGAUGGGAGCUAUUUCGUCAUUCGUAGUAAGCAUUUGGUUUGACUUCAUUUGGAGUAAAAAUUAAAAAGUAAAAAUCAGUGAAAGCAAUCCAAAGCAAUGUUAGCACCAGCGAUAGGGUAGACAGGCAAACAUUCACUGGUGGAAAAGCAAAAAAAAACAAAAAAAAAAACAAGAAGAAGAAUGGGUUAUGUCUUUGUAAAUAGUAAAUGUAUGGAUAACAUGAAAGAUCGUGGAUCAUAAUAUGGAUGGACUGGUGAAUAGUUUUGAACUUGGUAAAUAAGUCUCAGAGACAUGAAGUCCCCAGUGUACACAUUUCAGGUUUUGCUUCUCUCAACCGUGCGACUCCAAAUCUCUCGACGGGAGAUUUGAAUGAAUGUAAAAACCAUGGAUUGUACCAUUUAUAAUUUCCAAUUCUUUGGUUUCAUUUUGUUUUUGUUUUAACAGACAUAAUGCACUUGUAUAUAAGCCAUACCUGUUGUUAAAAUAAACCACUAUUUAUUGAUCAAC